AACUAUGUUAAAUGAGAGGCUUGAAAACAUUUUUGCGUUUAAUAGCUGCUAUUAGGUAAAGAGAUCUUUGUUUCCUCCAGCGCAUAGUGACAAAAGUUAGUAAAUCAAGAGCGGCAGCAUAAUCUAAUUUCAAAGGCCAGCGAGUGCGGUAGCCCAGACGGUCAGUCUCAAUCCCAGCACACGCGCGUAGUGGAAACGCGCACGCCAGUUUUCAAGUCCAGUCAUGUAGCUUAUUAGUCUCAGACUCUCAGGCCAAUCUCAAUCCUUCAGAAUCAGUCCCGUAGUGGAAACGGGCCUUUACGCAACAUUACUAAUGCCUUCAGGAGGCAAAUUUUUUGUGGCCCUAGGAAGAACAAGGAAGCGAAAUGAACGGAAAAACGCUGGAGGAAUAUGGCGCCAAACCCCACGCCAUACAUUCCUGGGCCUCAUCGCACUACUGAACCGAACACUUCCCGUCCCACGGAAGAUGGGCUUGAUGCCUUGAUCAACCGAGUGAAGAGGUACUGUUCGUGGACCUACCCCUGCCACCUCCAGUUCAUCAUCGCCACCUCCUCGAGUCAGUCUCAGUCAGAAGAAACAGUGCAUGGUACUUCUGCCGAAGAACCAGAAUUUCACCUCGAUCCCGUGGAGGGCAUGGGUUCAUUUUGUGGCAGAACUGCUUAUGUCCUUUCGAAGACCGCGUGGCUGCUUGCGCAAGACUAGACGUCAGCGAGGACUGCCCUGCACCAAUAGGAAGCACCAAGACUUCGCUCCUCAGCAGUUUAAGUAUACUCGCUGCAAGUGCAACGACUGCCGUGAAGUGACGCUUGCGAUGCACGGCAAAUUUCUGAAGACAUCUGGUGAUUGGGAAGCUGAGACGCUUAGUUCCAAUUUCUUUGAUCGACAAUGACGGAGAUAUACUAUAUGCGAUCAGAAUGAUUUAAUCGGAUUGGGACUACAUGCCUAUGGGAACUACACGUUUGAAUUCUGUUAAAGCUGUAGUAUGUGUUAAGAUCUGUUUAUUUGACUUUA